AUGGAUCCCUCACAAAACUAUUAUUCGCACCUCCUUACCGGUGAAGAAUCAACCUUAUACCCAUCGUUCUAUACAGAAGUCGUAGAGGAAGGUAACCCCAUCGAGUUCUCCCAAGCAACACAACAAGUGUCAUCCCAAGAAACACCGACCACAAAGAAGAAGAAGGCUUACACGCAGUCCGAAAAUUGGACUGUCCACGAGGAUAAGCUUCUUGUGUCUGCUUGGCUGAACACGAGCCAAGACGCUAUCCAAGGUAUGGGGCAACACAAAGAUAAGUUUUGGCACAGAGCUAACAACUACUUUAUCCAAUACUCUGUCGAUCCAACGAGUCGCACGCCAAACCAAAUGAUGCAUCGUUGGUCAACGAUUCAACUGUCCGUCAACAAGUUCUGCGGGUGCGUUGCUCAGAUUGAAGGAAGACAAAGAUCUGGUACGGGAAUUAUUGACCAGACUGCAGAAGUAAAAGAAUUAUACCAAUCUCUUUAUGGUAAACCAUUCGUGUUUGAUCAUUGCUGGGUUGAGUUGCGUCAUCAUCAAAAGUGGAUCCAACAAAUGGAAACUUACAAUAAGAUUCGAUCACAGCCGAGAAGAACCACGAACUCUGAUUCCUCACCAAACAAUUCCAUGCCAGCGACCCCCAUCGAGUUGAACAUCGACUCGGAUGAUGUGUUAGUAAGGCCUGAAGGGAGGAAAGCAGCAAAGCUCAAGAGGAAACAAAAUGUGGAAAACUCUGGAUCCGCUACGUCCAUCAUGGGAGAGGCAUUUGCGUGGAUGAAGGAAACCACAAAUCAAAAAAUAGAGCUAAAACAAAAGAAAUAA